AUGAACAGAGAAGUAGUGAACACAUUAAUAGAAAUAACACAAUUUCUUGCGAAACAUUCUCUUUCGUUUAGAGGCCAUCGUGAAAAUUGGUCUAAUGUAAACAAAGGAAAUUUUAAAGAUUUAGCAGAACUAAUAAGCAAAUAUUCUCCUUCAAUGGCUUUACAUAUUGAAAAAAUACAAAAUAAAGGAAGAAAAGAAGUUAAUUUUUUGACUUGGGAAAGGCAAAAUCAAUUAAUUGAUUCUGUGGCUUCAUGUAUCAAAUCAGGAAUUAAUAAACAGUUAUGCAAGACACGAUUUUUUAGUAUAUCUAUUGACACUACUUUUGAUGUUUCCAAAAAAGAGCAAAUUGCAUUUAUUKUUCGUUAUGUUAAUUUUGAAAAAGUAAUUCCAGAAAUCAAUGAACGUCUUAUUGCUUUAAAAGAAUCAUCUCAAACAUCUGGAAAAAUUCUUUUCACUGACAAAGCUAUGAUGGUGCGGCCAAGGAUGCGUGGAGAAUAUAAGGGUCUCCAAGCCUAUGUAAGUGCAGAAAAUCCUGCAGCUAUUUAUACAUGGUGUUAUGCACACCGUUUGAAUUUAAUCGUUGUUCAGGGAUCUAGUAGCUCACAAAAUGCUAUUGAUUUAUUUGGUAAUUUGGAAUCCUUAUAUGCAAUUAUUUCAAGCAGCAAAAAACGAGUUUCUUGGUUUGAAAUUGCUCAGAAAAUAUAUUAUCCUAAUCAACGAGUUCAUCGUUUAAAACGCGUUGAGACUACUCGCUGGUCAUCACUUUCUUCUGCAUUAAAUACAGUCAUAAAAACAAUUGAUGCCGUUAUUGAUACCCUCGAAAAAAUCCAACAAGAUGAAGGACAUACAGAUUUCAAAACUGGAGCAAAAGCAAGUGGUUUGAGAGAAUAUUUUCUUUCUGAGCGAUUUAUUUUUACUGCAUUUUUAUAUGUAGAUAUAUUUUUAAUUAUUGAUCCUUUAACAAAAAUGUUGCAAUCAUUUAAUGUUGAUUUAUUGGGUGCAAUAAAAAGUAUAGACUUAGUUAUAGAUAAAAUUAAACAACUGCGUACUGACAAUGCAUUUACUGAAUUUUUAAAAAAGAGUGAAAAUUUUAUUAAAAAAUCGGAGUUGGAGUUUUCGCCAUUGCAUGUUCAUCGGCCGAGAAAAAAAAAAUUACCGGGUGAAGAAGUUGAAGAUUAUUCUAUAAAUGAUCCUAAAAACGAAUUUAAAAUUAAAACAUACUUUAUUUCUUUAGACUCAAUUAUUACUGCUAUUGAUGAAAGAUUUACUGCUAAAUCUCAAAAUUUACUAAAAGACAUUUCUCUUUUUUCCGCAAAACGAUUAAAUGAAGUAAACCAUGUAAAUAGUUCUUUACCAAUUGAUGCUUUUACUACAUUUUGUCAAAUAUAUUCAAAAUUUGUUCAUAUUGAAAAUUUACCAAACACAUUACAUGAUGAUAUUAAUUUUGCUGAUGAGGAUAUUUAUAAUGUCAGUGACAAUCAACUAACAGAUAAUUCAGACUCUGAGGAAAUUAACAGCAAUUAUGAAGACAAUAUUAAUGUAGGAAGUUUAUUGGAAUUAUCAAAACUAUGCCAUACAUCUGGAUUGAAAGAAGUUUUUCCAAAUCUGUAUACAGCACUUCAUAUUGCAACCACAUUACCUGUUACAAGUGCCUCACCAGAACGUACCUUUUCAAAACUUAAAAUCGUCAAAAACCGACUACGUAGUACAAUGGCACAAAGCAGACUUGAAAAUUUAAUGGUUAUUUCAUGUGAAAAUAUUAUAACUGGUUAUAAUUUGAUCGGUAAUUAA